CGAUCUUCUCUUCCCUCCCUCCCUCCCUCCCUCCUCCCAUUUUGUCGCCCUCCGCUCUCUCUGUGCAAUUGCACAGUACGAGCUCACCAAUCGUAUAAAUUCUCUUUCGGGCCGGCAACAUCGGCAAGUCAAUAGUGAUCCUUGGCCUCGUCAAAAGCCGGAUUGAUCUGCAUUAGCUUUAGCAUCAUCGAGCUUCUCGCUCCCCACCCAAGCUCCUCUCCGCAUUCUCCGCACCUCAACCUCGACUCACUUCCUCCCUUCCCCCUCUUCCCUCUCCUCCCUCUUCAAUACACACACAAUGGCCUUCCGACAGCGCCUCGCAAAGCCGCUCCUCUACACGACUGGAGCAGCCGCCCUCGGCGGCGGCGUCCUCUACUACACCUACCGGCCCCGCAACAUACCAGGCCAAGACCCCGCGGUCGUCGGACCACCCGGCUACGGCGCAGAAGGCAGAUUCCGGCCUCCUCGAUUCCCAAAAGUCAGGAGCAGAGAUGACCAAAUUAGGGAUCUGAAGCGGAGUGGAGGGAGCAAGGGCGCGACGACGGGCUUGUUCAAGUCCAGCGAAGAGGCAGCGCCGCAGAACGACGAGGAUGUGUAUGAUCUGCUGGUCAUUGGCGCCGGGGCUACAGGCGCGGGGAUUGCGUUGGAUGCGGUGACGAGGGGGUUGAGGGUUGCGAUUGUGGAGAGGGAUGAUUUUGCAAGUGGGACGAGUAGUAAGAGUACGAAAUUGGUGCAUGGCGGGGUCAGAUAUUUGGAGAAGGCGGUUUGGGAGCUGGAUUAUAACCAAUAUGCGCUGGUGAAGGAGGCAUUGAGGGAGAGGAAAUACUUUUUGGACACGGCCCCGCACUUGUCGAGUUGGUUGCCCAUUAUGCUGCCGUUGGACAAGUGGUGGAAGGCUCCUUAUUACUGGGCGGGAACGAAGGCAUAUGAUUUCUUGGCCGGGUCAGAGGGAAUUGAGAGUUCAUACUUUUUGACAAGGAGUAAAGCUUUGGAUGCUUUCCCUAUGCUGAAGAAGGACAACUUGGUUGGUGCCCUGGUAUACUAUGAUGGUGCACACAACGAUUCGAGGAUGAACGUGUCCUUGGCAAUGACAGCCGCUUUAUACGGCGCAACGGUUGUCAAUCACAUCGAAGUCACAGGCCUAGAAAAGGGCGCAAACGGGCAGCUAUGCGGAGCACGUGUCAAGGACUUGGUCCAAGAAAAGAACGGCAAGAAAGCUGACGAAUUCGUCAUCCGAGCCAAAGGCAUCAUCAACGCCACUGGACCCUUCACCGACUCAAUUCGCAAAAUGGAUGACCAAAACGUCAAGGAAAUCGUUGCCCCCAGCUCCGGCGUGCAUGUCGUUCUCCCCGGCUACUACAGCCCGCAAAAGAUGGGUCUCAUUGAUCCCAAAACCUCUGAUGGCAGAGUAAUCUUCUUCCUCCCCUGGCAAGGCAAUACCAUUGCCGGCACGACCGAUGCCCCCACGAAAAUCUCCUACAAUCCUGUAGCAGGCGAGGAAGAAAUCGACUGGAUCCUCUCUGAAAUUAGUCACUACCUAUCUCCCGACAUCAACGUGCGUCGUGGCGACGUUCUCGCUGCAUGGUCGGGCAUCCGUCCCCUGGUCAAAGACCCGAAUGCAAAGAACACCGAGUCCCUCGUCCGCAAUCACCUGAUCAACGUCUCUCCAUCCGGGCUCUUGACUUGUGCGGGUGGCAAAUGGACGACUUACAGACAGAUGGCCGAAGAAGCCGUCGACGAAGCUGUCAAAACCUUCUCUCUCACCACAAAACCCGUGCUUAACGCUCCAGACGUUAGCGGAACAGAGAUGGUCGACGACGGCGCGCGUCUCGACGGAAGCUGCCAAACGCACCAAGUGAAGCUUGUCGGUGCUCAUGGCUUCUCCAAAACUCUCUUUAUCAACUUAAUCCAACAUUUCGGCGUCGAGACCGAUGUCGCGAAACACCUGACCGAAUCGUACGGCGAUAGGGCGUGGACGGUCGCUGCGUUGUCAGUGCCCACCGAGAAGAGGUUCCCGGUCAGAGGAGAGAAAAUCAGUGCGUUGUAUCCUUUUAUUGAUGGCGAGGUGAGGUAUGCGGUUAGACAUGAGUAUGCACAGACUGCGGUCGAUGUCUUGGCGAGGAGGACGAGACUCGCGUUUUUGAAUGCACAGGCGGCGUUGGAGGCGUUGCCAAAGGUUAUUGAUAUUAUGGCUGGGGAGUUGAAGUGGGAUAACAAGCGGAAGGAGGUGGAGUGGAGAGACACUGUCGCAUUCCUCGAAUCCAUGGGCCUCCCUAAAUCCAAGCUCUCGGCAACGAGAAAACAAGUCGAGAACGGAACCCUCAGUUUCAGAGAUAGCAUCGAGUAUAAGAUGUACUCGAGGCAUGACCAGCCAAAUGAUGAGCUGGAAUCUGACAGCAGACUUGGGAAGGGGAAUCCGGGGUUGAAGGAAGGAGCUGCUGCUGAGAAGUAGGGAGUGCUGCUACGAGGUAGGAAAGGAGUACCAGCUGAGUAACGAAAGGCAUGAGCUGUGAGAGAGAACACCCCGUGAGUUAGAAGGAGAGUAUAAAAUUUGUAAAUAAGGGUUAGAUGCAUACUGUGAAUAUUGAUACGGGUUUGGUGUUUGAAAAUUGUCCUUCCUCUGGCUUCUUGAGGUUUCGUGUCAGGCGGCAGCUUUCCUAGGUAGGAAUUCCCUCCGGGUUUUUGUUUUUCAACUUUGAGGUGCG